AUGGAUUUAGGUAUGAUACAAGCAGGAUUUUCCAUAGAGUGGGCUAAUGAUUUUGAGGAGAUGGCAGUAGAAAGUUAUAAAAGAAAUAUUGGAAAUCAUAUUGUUCUUGGAGAUAUAAGAGGAGUUUCAAGUGAUGAUAUUCCUCUAAAAAAAGGGGAGGUUGAUUUAGUGAUUGGAGGUUUUCCUUGUCAAGGUUUCUCUAUUGCCAAUAAGAACCGAAAUAUGGAAGAUGAACGCAAUUUCUUAUAUAAAGAAAUGUUGCGAGUAAUUAAAGAUAAACUUCCAAAGUUUUUUAUUGCUGAGAAUGUAAAAGGUAUUCUAAGUAUUGAGAAGGGGCAAGUAAUUGAAAUGAUUAAGAAGGAUUUUAUCAAUCUUGGUUAUCAAGUAGAUGUUCGCCUUCUAAAUGCUGCUGAUUAUGGAGUACCUCAGCAAAGAGAACGUGUUAUUAUUAUGGGAAAUCGAUUAGGGCUAGAUAAUCCAUUUCCAAAACGAACUCACGCAGAUAUUUUCCAAGGAGAGGAUAAUUAUGAUAGACCAAAUAAAGAACUUUUGGAAGAAGGUUUUUUACCCUAUAAUACGGUAGAGGAAGCCAUCGGUUUCUUACAAAAUGUACCUAUUCAAAAUAAUUCAGUUAAAGAUUUUGUCUUAGUCGGAACUGAACGUAUUUACAAUCAUAUAGCUAGUACAUCUGUCCACGAUAAAUUUUGGGGUCGUAGACAUCAGGUUAAUCAACACGAUGUCUGUGAUUAUCUAAAGUAUUGGAGAGAUAAGUCUGCUUGGACGACGAAAAGAGUUGAUGAACAUUUUGGCUAUAAGCAUACAGCAGGUCAUUGGUUUCGUAAAGACAAUAAUUCUGGAAGUAUUCCUAAGCCCUCUGAUUGGUGGGAGCUUAAAAAGAUUUUAGGUUUUGAUGAUCAAUUUGAUAAGCUUGUUACAGAAUAUGUUGAAAAGCCUAUUAGAUUUGAGCAAUCUCUUCGAAUUACAAACUGGAAUAGAGCAAGCGAUACAAUAACUGCAACUUCUCCUGAAAUUCAUAUCAAUAAAGAACGCCGUUUAUCUGCUCGAGAGUGUGCUAUCAUUCAAACCUUUCCAAAUGACUUUAUUUUUGAAGGUUCGUUAAAUCUAAUGUAUAGGCAAAUAGGAAAUGCAGUCCCUGUGUUAUUGGCAAAAAAAUUAGGAGAAGGUAUUAUUAAAUUAUUGAAUAAAAAGGAAGGAUAG